UACACUCUCCAGUUACCUUCUCAGGAGAUUUCUCAGCUUAGCUCAGAGCUGAAGCCAACAUAUGGAGUACCGCUACUUGCUGACCGAUUCAUUACGAACUAUCAACCAGUUUUCGUGCUGAACAAGAAACAUCUAGGUUGAUCGUGCCUGCCGACACAAUUUUCUCGAGUAGACAUAGACAGUUUUCCGCCCGAGUUAAACCAAGGGACUUUGACAGGGGAAUGCUCGUCGAUAUUGUUCAUUUUCUCAAGUUAAAACAUUUGUUUGUGUAAAUUAUAUUUAUAAUGACUGUGAAAACUAAAUUUGCUAGCCAGAUUGGCAAAAGAAUGUGUGAUCCACUCGUCAUGUCCUUGAUUUACGUUCUCUGUCUAUCAUUUUCUGUGAUAAAUGCUCAAGAUAAGGAAAUAUAUCAAGGAAAACCCCUGGGAAAACUAAACUCAUAUCACCACCAGGUGGCUGGUGAAGUCUACGCUGUGGAUGAAUUCACCUUUCUUAUUAAGAAUUUUAUCUACGAUGGAAAUGGGCCAGACACAUUUUUCUGGGUUGGCUCGUCAACAAGACCUGGACCACAAGGAUUCAUCAUUCCCAAUGAAAAGGGAAGAACUAAUGUGCUUCUACCUUAUCUCAAUAAGGAUUUUACCCUCAAGUUGCCAGAUGGCAAGAAGAUCACAGACAUCAAGUGGUUAUCUAUCUAUGAUUUAACUAUUCAGGAAAAUUUUGGGGAUAUUUCCAUUGAGGAAGGUUUUGAACCUCCAUCAUCUCAACAACUUACAGAGUUGUCGCGACGAGCUCAUAGGGUUUCUUCACUCUCUGUGGUUAUUGUGGAUGCAAAAACUAUUUCUUUACCGGAAUUCAACUAUGAUGGUCUAGGAGAAGAUACGUACUUUUGGGUAGGAGUUGGUCCUCAGCCAUCAGUCAAAGGCUUUAAAGUUCCAGAUGAGAAGGGAUACAUAACCCCAUUGAGAUCCUACAGGGACGAGGAUGUCCUACUUCGCUUGCCGGGAGAUCUUACCGUCUUUGACAUUGAUUGGUUUAGCGUCUUCAAUGUCGCAACGGGGGAAAACUUUGGCUCAAUCAUCAUUCCAGACAACCUCAACGUACCGCCGUCCCUUCUAAAAAUCCUGCCACACACGAGUACUUUGCCCAACUGCGAACCUCUCCAUAGGGACCUUCAAGUAUCUUGGGAAAUCUUCGGUCCUGCUAUUACCAUAGAAAUAGCAGGGCGUGUUGCCGACGACGAGUAUAUUGCUUUUGGUUUGAGCGGUUCUUCGACCGAAGCUAGAAUGGAAGGCGCUGAUGUUGCUAUUAUUUACAUGGACACCUAUCAAGGCUACGCUACAGAUUACAACAUCACGGCAAAAUCCUCGUGCGUCAGUGUUUUAGGUGCUAAUCGUGGAGUCUGCCGUGAUGACCAACUGGGCGGUACCGAUAAUCACCAGUUCUAUCUAGGAUCACGUGUUGAUGGGCUCACCACCAUCACUUACCGAAGAUCGCUAGUUCCAUCUGAUUCAGAAGAUCAGGUCGUUCCGACUGAUCAUCUGGCCAGUUUGAUAUGGGCUGUUGGCAAACUCGACAAAUUCAAACGACCUACCUUUCACCGGCUCUGGUCUCGGCAUCCUGUUUUGGUGGAGCUUGGCCGCUCUACAGCCCAGAAAAACUGUGUCCCCUUCUUGGAUGUUAAAGACCCUAAACCGGCACCCUGGGGACCUUUUAGGGUACUCGAGCCCUCCUUAAGACUCAUCCGUUUUAUGGUUGGACCGUCUGGUGGACAAAGAGGCUACGAAGGAAUAACUGGUCAGCCCGGAUCCGAUCUAGCUUGGUACGUCAAUGGCUUCAUUGCGCCCGAGUUGUUUUUACGACGUGAGCUUGUUUACAACUUCCAAGUCGAAGGAGGUAACGAUCCGCACAGCCCGACACAUUAUCAUCCAUUGAUCAUUACUGACGAGCCAAUCGGUGGUUACGAGACCUUCAGUGAAGAACAACGUAAGGAGAUCCGUGUUCUUGCUGGCGUAGAAUUCACGCGCCGUGGGCAACCUCGUCCCAUCGCAGCGGGAAGACUUUGUUUGUGGCGCCAAACUAUCCAGCGUGAUCGACGUCUAGAUAAUGACGUCACGUCGUUCCAAAAGUUCCGUAACAAUCUGCAGCUGCUGUGUGAAGAAAAGGGACAAGCUGCCAAUAUGGAAAUUCGGCCCGAUAAUUCUUGGCCUGAUGUGGUUUAUUACCAUAGCUUCACUCACCCAGGCAUGGGAUGGAAGAUCAAUAUUGUCGACCGAUUCGGUGGUCUGACUAGUGCCAGCCAUACCAUCGUCUCAGGAUUCGUCUUUCCGAUUACCAUUCUCCUCAUUUCCGUCCACUAUUGGUUUUAAAAACCAGUCUUCCAUUUAGAAAUCACUGUUAAACUCGAGAACGACGUCAAAGCGUCCCAUGACAUAUUGCACUUAUUGUGUAACGCACGUUGUUUUUACGUAUACAAACUCGCCAAUUUGAUCAA